GUGACUUUGGGUUUUGACCACCUCCCCUUUCUAUUCUCUCACACAGAUAAAGAGACUGUUUUGUGCCAGAGCCACCACUUACCAGACCUAGAGAGAGAAAGCGAGAGAGAGAGACUGAAGCUGAGAGGUUGAAACUGAGAGUGAAAAACCUACACUCACUCACUGUUGCUCUUUGCUGGGUAUUUUUUUUUUUUUCCUUUUUGCAAUUCUUCUUCUUCUGCUCUGCCCAGCCUCUUUUCUACUGUAGCUCUCUUGCAACUCUUAUACUAAAAAAAAAAAAAAAAAAAAAAACAAAAGAAAACUUGUCUCUCCUUUCCUAUCACCAUCACUGUCAUAAUCAUCUGGUUUUCCUGAACCUAUUGGAAAGUAGUGCAAUCCAGAAUCUCUUCCAUCUUCUCAUAGAUCCAGCUGUAAGCCCAGAAUCUCUGUCCCUAACUGCUUCGUCACCCAUGGUUGCUGGACUGGAACUCCAACAGUGAUCGGAAUUGGGUCUAUGGUAGUCUAUGUUAAACAUGAAUGUCCAUAAUACUGAUUCCACAGCUUUGGAUUAGAUCAUUCUGAUUUCAGAACUCGUUAAGUAUGCUUCCGAUUUGGUCACUAGUUACUACAAUCUUGAGCUUCUUAUAGAUAGCAAUAGUCGGAGUUGUUUUGGUUCUUACUCUUGAAAAGGCUUGAAGUUCUUGUCCUGGAUUUUGUAUGAAAUAUACUUUGUGGCUUAUCAACACAAUGGGUGGGAUGUGCUCCAAGUCGAGGAGAUCCACUGUAGACGAUGUCACUGUAAAUAAUGCUCCCAGUGGAAGCAUUCCUCCUGCUAAUGGCCAUUCAAGUAAUGGGUCUCGUGGUCUGCCUCCAAAAACGAAUACGAAUUCAACACCGUCUCCGGUUAGUGAUGGCAUGGAUAAGAAAUUGCGAGACCCGUUUAUGUUGCCAGAGACAAAUAGUAUGGUUCCUUAUGGGCUGAUUACAGAUGAUGUCAAUGAUGGGAUUCCUCACUUGUCGAGGGCCUUAUCGCAGAAAAAUAGAUCUACCAAAUCUAAGCAGGCUGUUGCAAAGGUAUCAGAAGUGAGCUCGCUUUUGGGUAGGGCUGGUACUGCUGGCAUUGGGAAAGCAGUGGAAGUAUUGGACACCCUUGGUAGUAGUAUGACAAAUUUGAACCCAAGCAGUGGUUUUACCUCAGGGGUGACAACAAAAGGAAAUAAAAUUUCGAUUUUGGCUUUUGAAGUUGCGAACACAGUUGUCAAGGGUUCAAAUUUAAUGCAAUCCCUUUCAAAGGAUAAUAUCAAACAUUUGAAAGAGGUUGUGCUUCCAUCAGAAGGGGUACAAAAUUUAGUAUCGAGAGAUAUGGAUGAACUCCUGAGAAUUGCUGCAGCAGACAAGAGAGAAGAACUGAAAGUUUUCUCAGGAGAAGUAGUGCGUUUUGGAAAUCGUUGUAAAGAUCCUCAAUGGCACAAUUUGGAUCGCUAUUUUGAGAAGUUGGGUUCAGAAAUUACACCCCAGAGGCAAUUGAAGGAUGAUGCAGAGACAGUGAUGCAGCAAUUGAUGACCUUAGUUCAAAAUACAGCUGAAUUAUAUCAUGAGUUACAUGCCUUGGACAGAUUUGAACAAGAUUAUCGGCGUAAGCUUCAAGAGGAAGACAACUCAAAUACCACUCAAAGAGGAGACAGCCUUGCAAUCUUAAGAGCAGAGUUGAAGAGUCAAAAGAAGCAUGUGAGAAGUUUGAAGAAAAAAUCACUCUGGUCCAAGAUUUUGGAAGAGGUCAUGGAGAAACUUGUCGACGUUGUGCAUUUCUUACAUUUGGAAAUUCAUGAAGCAUUUGGUAAUGCAGAUACUGAUAAACCUGUGAAAGGUGUUCAGAACAAUCACAAAAAGUUGGGGUCUGCUGGUCUUGCAUUGCAUUAUGCAAAUAUUAUCUCUCAAAUCGAUACUCUUGUGUCUCGAUCAAGUUCUGUGCCUCCGAACACACGGGAUAAUUUAUAUCAGGGGCUGCCACCUGGUGUAAAGUCAGCUUUGCGCUCAAAGCUACAGUCAUUUCAGGUUAAGGAAGAGCAUACUGUCCCUGAAAUCAAAGCUGAAAUGGAGAAAACAUUGCAGUGGCUAGUUCCCAUUGCCACUAACACAACCAAAGCUCAUCAUGGCUUUGGUUGGGUUGGAGAAUGGGCAAACACUGGGUCUGAGAUGAACCGAAAACCUGCUGGUCAGACCGACUUGCUGAGGAUUGAGACACUACACCAUGCUGAUAAAAGUAAAACUGAGUUUUACAUUCUCGAACUGGUGGUGUGGCUUCAUCAUCUGGUCAGCCAAGUGAGGGUUGGAAACGGUGGAAUUAGAUCUCCUGUUAAAUCCCCUCUUUGCUCCCCAAACCAGAAGGCAAUUCAGUUAUCGACGAACAAACCCAACUGUCCAUCCCCCAUAUUAACAGUUGAGGACCAAGAAAUGCUUCGAUAUGUAAGUAAGAGAAAACUCACGCCUGGCAUUAGUAAGAGUCAGGAAUUUGACACUGCAAAGAACAGAUUCAGCAAGUAUAAUAGGCUGAGUAAGAGUAGUAAUCACUCCCCAACAAGUGAACGUAGGAAGGAUCCAUUUCCCAUAAGGAGGCCAUCAUCCGUUCCGGUCAUUGACUUUGAUAUCGACCGGAUCAAAGCUUUAGAUGUCAUUGAUCGAGUGGACACGAUUCGAAGUAUUUGAAUGUAUGGCAGAUAAAGAUACACAAGCGAAGGGGUCUUUUGGUAUAUGCCUAAUAGGUCCAUCUGCGUCAAUUUUCCUUGUUGGGUGCUCUUGGUUUGUGGCGAGGGUGAUGUUUAUGUUAGCAGGCAGAUGCUGGGUGAUAAGUCAUUGCCAUUUUGAAUGUCAAAAUUUAGGGUGAUAAAUGUGUUCAAAGUAAAUUAAAUUUCUGUAGAUGGAAAGGAUGCUGGGUUAUAGCUUUGCUUAGUGUAAUGUGUACAGAAUAUUCAAUUAAUAAUCGAAAGUUCAUGGUCUCACUCU